GUGAAGUGUAAAGGUGUGUCGGCUUUCAGACUCACACUAAUUCCUUCAAAACGUAUUCAAGAUGAGAUUAUAUAGCAUCGGAAAGGUGCAGCAACACACAGGAGUUUGCAAACCAUCCACAAAUAGGAGGGCAGCACCACUGGCCUCCCAUGCCUGCCAAGUUGCAAGACCACAGCUCCUUGACUCAGCUCUGUACCCAUUCCCUUUCUCCAUGCUGGGUGAACAGGAGCCGUGGCAAGAAAGGAGACAGACCCAAAUUGUCUCGAGCCUACCAGGUGUGUCCAGGGGCGCGGCGCUGACGUCAUCACUCUCAAGAGCGGUGACGCGUCGCCAUCAUCACAGGCGACUAUCACCCCUGAUGGGACGCUACCCUGGAGGAACGCGCGCCCGUCUGCACCACCUCGUCCUGCUGCUCCUGACUCGACCAACACACGUCUCUUCCAUGGUGAGUGUUCGAGAAUUGUUUAAGAAUACUCCCGAAGAAGAGUCAUUAAUCGAGGACUGUGAGCGGCUCUACAGAUCCAGCUUAGCACGCGAUGUCUCCACGCCUUGUUGCGAUCGAGGGCACGUCACGUAAAUCAGUCCGGGAGCCUCGCGGCCCAACCCGAGGAGCCAGGGAGUCGAACCGUCUGCUACUCCAAUGCCAUACAUCACCAAACCUUGAAGCUGCUGAAAGGUUUUGGUCUCGUUUGUCCUUCAGAGCGGGCAAAGCCUUAACCGCUCCCGCCGAGGCGAGCUUAGUCUCCCUGCAUGCCGGCCUGGCCUUGAGACGUCGUUUAAGUGUGUUUAUGAAGUCUUUAGAUUAUUCCUCGAGAUUGCUGGAACGAUAGAGGGUUGCCACACUCCUCCGGCCCCGCACUACCGCCCUCAGCGUUGUUUCGUCGCGGCUGUCUCCUACCCACCACUGUGUGACGUACGACUUAAUUCAUGCGUAUGGUAUUAUGAGGAAGGUUUGCCGGCUUCCCGACGCUCCCGACGCUCCAUGGCUCCCUGACGCUCACUUGACGCUCGUAGACUGUAUUUUUCGUAACACCCGCGCUCCAGUUUUCAAGGGCAAGGGUUGGGCCAAAUGAAAGGCUGGAGGAAGCAUUUUUAGCCGAUAAGAAAAUGGA